AUAUCGCUUACGAUCCCCACCCAGUAGCGAAGAGAGCAGCAUCCAUCGGCUGUUUGACCGCUCAGUCGAGCCGCUGCCUAGGCGAGAAGAGCAGCAGGUCUCCGUGUUCCUGCUGCGCGCGCGCUCGCGCGUCUCGCCCCCCAACCCAACACAGCAGCGCAUUAUCAUCACAGGAAGAGAAGUCGAUGUGAGAGAGCUCGCGGUGGGCGACAGGUCCACAGCGAGGCAAGGGAACGCCCGGGGCGGACGGCUAGUAUAUACAUACACGCAAGAGAGAAAGAAAGAGACUCGCGCGCGAGUGUGUUGUAUACACAACAGUUCUGUGCAAGUGUGUAUGUGAGAGAGGAGUAGCAGCAGCGGAUAAGGGGAAGCCGAAAAAUGGCGGAGCGCACCAAGACGUCGGCCCCGGCCAACCGGCCCGUCCCCAUGAAGCUCUUCGCCACCUGGGAAGUCGAUCGCACGCCAUCCAACUGCAUACCCAGACUCUGCACGCUGACGCUCACGCGAUUGGUCAUCCUGCGGCCCUUGGGCGCCGACUUGGCUUCCGUCAGCAUCGCCGUGAAAAUGCAGAGCUCGAAGCGCACACUGCGCUCGAACGAGAUGGCCGUGCCGCCGAGUGGUAUGCUCGACACCGAACUCGAGCUUCAAUUCGCUCUGCAGUAUCCGCACUUUCUCAAACGCGACGGGAACAAACUGCUUGUGUUGCUGCAGAGGCGCAAACGCUACAAGAACCGAACUAUGCUCGGCUACAAGACUCUCGCCGAGGGGGUCAUCAAUAUGGCACAGGUACUGCAGAAGCAAAUGGACCUGGAGUUGGAGCUGGUCUCGGACAAAGCCGAGAAGUACGGUGGCCACUCGCUGGCGCGCGUCAACGUCGUGGCGCUGAGCAGUCAGCCGGUGGACCAUGAUAAAAGACUGAUGAACGACCCGAAUGAGCGUCUGUGCCAGGAGUUCAGCGAUGAGGAAGAGGAAUUCAGUUCGGAGGGCGAGGCCGAGGGCAGCGAUAGCGAGCCCACCCUUGAAGUGCACCGCAGGAAAAGCCGUACCAAGAUGCCAGCUAACGCGAGGCAAAGGAAUCUAAAGCAGAAAUUUAUCGCUCUGUUAAAGCGGUUUAGGGUUUCCGAGGAGUUGGAACACGAUCAAGAAGAAAUUAGUCAGAAAAUAUCAGGUGGCGAAAUGGAAAUCGAGGAGCUGUUCGACGAGCUGGAAGACCUGUCGGACAGCGGACCGGAACUGGACACGAUGUCAGUCAGCAGCACGCCUAAGCCGUCGCUGCGCCCCUUCUUCAGCUCUAGUCGCUCCCUCCUCGCUCCCCCGCACUCCGUAGUAACCAGCGAGGAGACUGGGAACAACUCGGUGGCGGCGUCAGCCACUCAACUCGCCCCCGGCCAGCCCAAGGAGAAAUCGCGUGUCGGACACACAACCCCAGAGCGCGGCGUGGACCGACAGAGCGACGACAGCUCGCGCCGCGCCGACAGCGACUCGCACGCUGAGAACUGGACGGACCACGAGGCCAACGAUCCGGCGCCGAAUAACGCGCUCGCGGGCUCGCCGCCCAAGACGAGCAGCGAGCAGCAGCAGCACAAGGAGAAGAACGAGUCCGGAGACAGGAAGAGCAGGCUCUUCGCCAGGGACAGGGGCACGCCCGGAAGCAACAAGACCAAGAAGCACAGCCUCAGCGUCGACCUCAAGCCCGCCAGCGAUCUCAACAGCUCCGAGCCGAGGAAGGCGUUGGUGGAGCAGCUGAGCCGAGUCCUGCCGGACGACUCCCUGCCGGAGUCCGUAGCCCUGGUGUCUCUCUCCGAUCCCGGGGGCGCGGUCCUGGCGGCCAGGUUACAGGAGCGCAAUCUGCGCGUCCUCACCACGGCCUCGCCCGCCGACGUGCGCGCGACCUUCACGUGCCUCAUCGCGCGGAUACAAAAGUUCUGCAACAGCUCGGCCAAGCCUCCGGCGCCCAUCAAGGUGGUCAUAGCCGGCGGCGACAGCUUCAUCAACACGGUGCUGCGCCACUACGUCGACCUGCUGAGCUUCAGGCCGCCCGACUGGAUGCACUACCUGCGCUUCCUGGUGGUGCCCCUUGGCUCGAACACUCUCUCAAGGUAUCUGGCCUCGAUCGACGCGAGGUACGCCCUGCUCUUCGGCGACGAGUGGCGGGAGCUCGCCGAACGCGAGGGAGCCAACGCCAGCGAGAGCGCCGCAAGGGUGGUCGAGUACCUCGCGUCGUCCGGGACGACGCUGCAGUUGCCCAUCGCCGAGGCCAUGGUCACCUACAGAGAAACGGACGACAGCAGUCAGAUCUUCGUGCCGUUCAUAAACGACGUGCGCGUCGGCUGUCCCGACAGUAGUGCCUCCGCCUCGGUCGAUCUCGACGAGGGCGGCGUCACCACGUCGGGCUCGCCGCCGUCGCUGCCGCCGGCUUCGCUGCCGCUGGGCCCGCCGCCCGGUCGGCUCACACCGCCGAGCAGCCCCAACGUCGGCCAGCCUCGGGACGGCUGGGAGCCCGUCGAGCUCCAACUAGACUACUGGGGCAAGCCCGCCCUCGGCGAGAAGGGCAAGAGCUCGCUGAGACAGGCCUUCAGAGUGCUGCACGUGCAGAGACUGCCGGCCUUUGGCGAGCCACCUGGACAAAGUCUCUACAUGAACUACUUGACCAAGGAGAAGAAGCAGAAGAUAAUGAGGCUUGGCAAGAAGAAGGAGAAGGAGAAAGAAAACGAGCCAAAGAGUCAGCAGGUCGACGGCGUCACACGGCUAAUAUGCUCGGCCAAGACUCACAACAUUCCACUGAGAGUGAGCAUCGACGGCACGGAGUGGUACGGCGUCAAGUUCUUCCAGCUGUCGGCGCAGUGGCAGACGCACAUCAAGAACUUCCCGAUUGCGAUGCUGGCCUACAACUCGCAGCAGCAGUCGCCCAGUCUCACGUGAAUCCCUUUUGCCACCGUCGUCGUCGUUGUCGUCGUGUCUGGCGUUUGAGAGAAACGUAAAAAGGAAAGAAAAAUAUAGCGACCAGACUAUGCGGGUACACUUGUUUCAGCGUGUACGUAUACACACAUAUCCGAUAACCUUCGAGUUCUUGAUCUACAUGUGAAAGACUCGACGUAAUGAUAGACGAGAUAUGCUCCUCGUUGGUGGACGUGUUGAUUUGGCAAUUUGAAGUAAAUAAGAUUCCGGUUGUUUGAGUGGCAGUUUCUCGUGAGCUGUAAUUAUUAUUUUCAAACUGAUGGGCACAGCAGUAUUAAUGUACAUCUUUUUUAAUUUUAUGAGUGAUUAAAAUAUUGUUGCACUGUGAGAAGAGAAUGCGGAAAGACUGCGAAUACGUAGAUGAAGUGCUCCUGUAGAAUCGUUGUUUUAAAGAAACUGCUGCUCAAACACACGAAAAACUUAACGCUUUAAGAUACAGAUAAAAUAUAUGUCUAGAUAAUACAUACAACGGACGUGUAAUGAGAAUUAUUCUUAUGAUACAGUAAAUAUAGAAGAAUCUAAACUGUCCUAAAAAACAUUCAAGUAUUUUACUAUGAUUUUCAAACAUGAACUCGGCAAUUACGUUGUAACGAAUUCUGCAUUCGAAUAUUUUGAAUGGCAUCAAUUUUACACAUCAGAAAUUUUUAAUUAAUGAAUUUAAAAAAUGCGUACUAAAAAUCUUUCUAUGUACGAAGAUAAAUAGAAAGAGUACUUCAAAUACCCAAAUGAUAUGAAAAAUAUUUAAGAGCAUUGUGAUUUUAUAUUCAAGCAGAACGUGCGUAAUUUCUUAAGAAACAAACUCCAAUUUUGUAUACUUGACUCUGUUGGUUAUGGAUAUGUCCACUUCUGAUGUGUACUUGAUUCUUUUAAAGGCGAAAUUUCCUAGGCGACUUUUAUAAGGAUAUUUAUGAUGAAUAAGACGAAGCAAAAAACAAAUAGUUCUCGUCUGUAAAUAGUAAGUUCUAUUUGCAUAUCGAAAGCGGUUGAAUGUACAGUCAUUAUCGUUAAGUUAUGUUCCUAAAAACUGCGCUGCGCAGAAUCAAUAAGGAAUCUUCUAAUGUAUAUUUCAAAUAUAUAUGUAUAUUAUCUAUGUAUAUUUCCAUUUUAAAAAGUUGGAAAGAGAGAUAUUAGGAGUCGUGCAAUAUUAAAUAAUAUUGUUCUCAAAAAGCUCGAUGAGUAUUGUAUAUCCGUGCGAAGAAAGUCCAAUUGAAAAUGCAAGCAAAAUCGUUUUUAUGUUGGAGAAGUCUUUAUUUUUUUUUUCAUCGUUAAAUGUGUCAAAAGUUUCUUACAAGUUUUUUUAUUAUGUAUUUGGAGUGCUGUAAAAAAAAAGAAGAAAAGAAAGGACACGAACUAUCCUCGGUCGUGAGAAUCGCCUAAGAUCGAGACACGACCUGCUUAUUUCCUGUCGUUUACUUUUGAUUCUGAUUUUUUUUCCAUUAAUCAUUAGUGUCCUUAGCAGCAAGUGUGAAGGCCAAUUAUUUAUUCCGACAAAUCUGUGAGACUUUACAGUAAAUUAGAUUUUAAGUAAGAAUUAAGUAUAAUGCUGUUCCGAGUUAUUUCUAUAACCUUUUCGUCUUAGUGCGUAUCUCUUUUCAUUCAAUUUUCUAAUAGCAAAUAAAUAUUGGAAAGUCUUGAAACCCAUGAUGUUUGUACAGAACAUUCAAAGUACUAUAGCGCGCAAGGCAUCGUAUACAGUGAUUCUUUUUUCUUAAAAAUUUCUUAGUUACGAAUAAAAGAAACUAAUGACUGAUGUCAUUAACGACUGCCUAAUGCCAAAUUGACACAGCGUGUCUUCAUUUUUUAAUAAAAUUUUUUAGAUAAAGAUUCAAUAGAUUCAGAAUAUGUUGUAAAAUGAAGCAACAGUUCUUGCCAAACCGCUAAUACAAUUUUACUAUUCAAAACCUUGGCUCAAUUAUCACUUCAUUAGUCCCCGAUUUUUCUUAAACAAUGAAGUCCUUUCUCUACGUUUGUUAUGCACAAAAGAAUUGACUUGUCACGGAUUGAUAUUAGAGGAAUUAAUUAAAAUACUAUGUAUAACGAUUUAAACAAGUAAUAGUUGUAGAUACAAGUUUGCUUUUUUAACUAAGACUUUGAGCUCAAUAACCUUGUCGCUUUGAACUGUGCUUGUCGAAAGACUGCAUUACUUUUACUUUGUUUUCUCCUGUGUUAGGGUUACUGGAUCAUUAUAACCAGGCGCCGCUACCUGCCAUGUAUUUUUACAUAAUACUCAGCUGUCUUGCACCAAUAAACGUGAACGCAUACUUGUAAGAGCAGAUUUUCUUCAAUAUUUAAUGUAAUUUGUUUGCUUAGUGAAUCAAUUGAUGAUAACAAAUACUUUUGAUAACAUUGCAAACGAUACGUAAAGUGCAUAUAAAUCUUUACAAAUUUUCUUGAGAAGUCAUGCAAAAGUCUACAAAAACUUGAUCAUUUAAUUUGUUGAAUUUCAAUAAUAGGAUAAAUCUGUUCAGUUCUAAGUUGUUCCGUAAAUGGCUCAGCACAAAGUUUAUCAACAGUGUAUAAUGAUCGCAAGAAAGAAACGAGCAUGAAACUUAUGUGCACUCCAUUGCACAAGAUUUUCAAAGUCUAUCCCAGUGUAUUACAAUUUAUAAAUAAUUAAAUUUCUAAUCAGGAAUACGCUACUGAGGUUACUUGAUAUAGAAAUAUUUGUAGUAUAUACACCGUAAUUUUCUUAAAAUUAUUCAUUGCGUAAUGACUACUGCAUGGCGGCAAAAAACAUUUCAGAUAUGUAUUGAUAGAUCAGAUGAAGCUUUUUAGUUAUAAUGAAAAUUACAUUUGUAAAUUCUUAAUAUAAAGACAAAUAUGAUAUAAAUAUGCUACGUGCUUGUAAACAAUAUACUGCAGUCGAGCGAGAAGAUUUAAAAAAGCAUAUUCACACAGUUUUACAAAGUAUCAGAAUUGUAAUUGCUUCUAAACAAGUUACUACGAAUAUAAAAAAAUUAAUUUUAACAAAAAUGCGGUGUGAAAGAUAGCGAUUCUUCAGUAACCAAACUCGCUUAUCUGAGCCUCAACCUCACGGUAUUGUAAGCAGUAUUUUUAUUCGCAAAGGUAAAACAAUCGCGAUAGCGAUGUGUGAACAUACACGACGGUGCUCCGUUCUGUAAAAGUUCCUUGUUCCGUUUUACACUUGGGCACUGCAAUAACAAGAAAUAUUUGUGUCCGGAAAACGAAUAAGUUCAAAUGAAAAUAAAAAAAGUGCUCCUGUGUAUCUGUACGAUACAUAUGUAUAGCUCUAAUAGUCUUUCCGACUGUUCGUUAGGAGAAAAAACCAUUCGUUUCGUGGUAGGUUUUCUAGAAUAGCUUGAGCAUUCAAAUAAAAGCGUCAAAGAACAAUAAUAUUAGCCAUUUUUCUUCGCUAACCGAAUUAAAUCAGCAACCGAAAGAAUUGUAUAUCAUUUGUUAUAUAUGUUUGUAUGUUUGCAGGAUUGUGAUCAAUUGUGAAUAACUUCUUUUUAUGAUUCAUCCAAAUUUAAUUGAAAUCUGUUUCUCAUUAAAGGCAAUAAUUAAUUAAAUACCUUGUGAUUUUAAAGAAAUAAAUUUACGUAUAUAUGAAAUUAUGAAGCUUUUUUUUCUUAAGAACAAUUUAGUUUUAUUCUUCGAAUAUACGAUUCUAGGUCUAUAUUCAGAUUAGAAUGAGGAUCGAUUUUUCUAAAAUUAAUUUCAAGUUUUAAAAUCGGGAUAAAACGAUUAACGAAAUACUGUAGAUACAAAAUAUUUAUUUUUACGUUAAUACAAAGCAAAAAAGGAAGUUUACUUUACGCAUUGUCUCUUGAACAAAGAAAAAUACUGUUUGUAAUGAGAAUGUAACGUAAAGCACCUCAUGUACGCAUUGUCAGAACUUCCUUUCGCAUUCUAGUCACUGCAAAUGACGUCUUGUCUUUCAAAAGUUCUAUGAAAUAUCGCGAAAACUGAAUGAAACCUACGAAAGAAAAGUGCGUAUAGACAAGUAAUAAACUAAAUGAAACGAAUAUGUAAACGUAUUAAACGAAUAAUAGAGACCAUUCAAAGAAAAACUGACCGAUAAAAAUAAGCUUGUAACAAUAACACUGCAGAGUGAAAAAACCGAACAGGAAUUAGCAGACCGUAUACUAUGUUUGAUCGUUUGUAAUAGGACCCUAGACGUCUUCAUUGUGCUUACGCAAAGAUGUCCAACUGUAAAUGUAACAUGUAUAUACGAUAUAUACGAUUUAAAAAAAAACAACAAUAAUGUAUGGCGUUCGGUGAUAAAAGAGAAUUCAAUUAAAGUAAUUGGUUUUUCUUAAUUUAAAAAACGUCAGAAACUGGAAGCUGCAUAAAAUUUGUCUAAAUUAAAAAUAAUUAGACUUGCUAAAUACGUAAUUCGAAUGUACCUUUAACUGAGAUAUAGUGAGUGCGCGAAAUUGCGGGAGGGCAGAAGUUCGUAAGCUAAGGUUAAUUGAACUCUCUAAUCAUUGAUGUAAGAAGUAAUGAAAUACCUAUAUGUGAUACAUACUUUCUAAUAUAAUGUUUUAAUAUAAGAGGAGAAAAAGAUUAUUAUUAUUAUUACGUAGGCAGUAUCUCGUGAUCUAACCUGGGCACAUUGUUUUUAUUGUAUGUUAAAUUGUCUAAUUAUCUCGAUUUCAUACUUAUGGAAGUAUUUAAAAGUUUAUGAUUAAUUUAUGACACUGACAUUGUUGAAUGGAUUAAAAUUAUUAAUUUUUGUUAUUAUUUUACGACGAAUCAUUAUUUUCGUUUAUUGUUUCUUCAUUUAAUCUUGACACAAGUUUUUGAUUUUUAUUCAUUUUUUAAAUACUAGUAGACCCGUCCGAGUUUAGAUCACGAGACAAUAAGUAAGAUGCGGUUGAGUAAUAAAUAGAUCGUAGACAAUUAGUAUAGUAUAACGUUCUAAAUUGCAGUAUGAGAACAGCCAUCGAAUUGAAGAUGAUAAAUAUGUUGUUGAUGUUUGUAAGCUUGAAAUAUAAGUGUAACGCCUUUUCCA